AGUCUUAUCAACAGUUUUAUUAUUCUUUUCUUAUUACAUAUCAUACUUUAAAAAAACAAAACAUAUGCAUAUAUAAACACACAUUCACUCACACUGAAGAUGCAAGAUGAAGAAAGAUAUAUGACAUUGAACGUAGAGUUGAGGAAAAGGAUUUCCAUCCAAACAACCCAACUUAAAUUAAAAGACUGUUCUGUGAUGUUGCACCGGUAUAAAAUCUUGCUGGGAAUAUCUGGAACAGUAAAUUCUAUUCUGGUUCUGACUUUGAUCUCUCUGACUUUGUUGGUUUCUCAGGGAGUGUUGCUGAAAUGUCAAAAAGGAAAUGAUUCAAAUAUCACCCAGCAUGAUGAUAUUGGAAAUCUGAAAAUGAGCAGUGACACAAGAAGAAAUAUAAGUAAUAAGGAUGCAGGUCACUGUGUUUCAAGAGCUACAAAUCAUGCAGGGUUCUGCCCAUCAGAUUGGAUCAAACAUAAAAGAAAGUGUUAUUGGUUCUCUGAGGAGAUGAAGAGUUGGAGUGACAGUUAUGGAUAUUGUUUGGGAAGAAACUCUCAUCUACUAAUCCUUCAGGACCAAUUUGAAAUGGCUUUUAUUCAGAGAAACCUAAAACAAUCAAACUAUGUGUGGAUUGGACUUAACUUUACUUCCCUGAAGAAGACAUGGACUUGGGUGGAUGGUUCUCCAUUAGAUUCAAAGAUAUUCUUCAUAAAAGGACCAGCUAAAGAAAACAGCUGUGCUUCCACCAAGGAAAACAAAAUUUACUCCGAAGCCUGCAGCAGCGUUUUCAGAUGGAUUUGCCAAUAUUAGGAUUAGAAAAAAAUUGGUAGUGAAAUAAUCAGUGAUCAAAGUCUUUUGUUUACUAGCUUCUAAUAAUAAUCUUAAGGAGUAAGAAUUCAAAACUGCAAUUAAACAUCCAAAUCUCAUCUCUGUUUUCCUUCCAUCAUCUACAUUGGUCCUAAGCUCUGAGUAGCCCACAUUAAUAGCCUAAGACAGCCUUCCAAUUUUUAUGUGAACCCAUACAUUUAUAUUCAGGACUUUCCUUCAUUUUUAAAUUUUACAGAAAGUGUGAUCAAAUAAUGUCUGCAUUUCUGUAUUUCAUGUUUUUAUUAACAAUAUCCUAUGUAAAUUUUAUGUAGUUUUGAGUUGCACUACAGUGUGGAUUUAUAUAUGUUUUUUAUUCCUUCACUGAUGAGCAUUAACUUUGUUUCCAGGGUUUUGUUACUAUAAACCAUGUUUGCAAUAAAUAUUCUAAAUAUUUUCUUAAA